AACCUGGGGUCUGCAGAAGAUAAAAAGGGACUCUCCCUCCGCAAGGCGUGAGAAAACCCCCUGCUUUGCAUCAAAUUAGUACGGCACAAACCGGCCCGGUGGCCAUCCCUUCGUUUUACGGUAUACUAUGACUUCGAGGUUGGACCGGCUCCUCCUUUUACUCGACACCGGCUCUUCAACCUCAGUGAGGAAUACCGCUGCAAAGCAGCUCGCUCAGCUAGCCGUCAAGAGUGUGAAUAGUGAUGUUACAAUCGCGGAAGACAUCAAGGCCAGAACCCAACAUGUGCCUCCCACUGACCCUUCUGCAUGGCGGGAUCUUAUGUCUGUUGUGGCACGGAUAAUACCCUUUUUACAUUCGAAGUCAUAUGAAACCCGAAACGCGGCAUCAACUGCGCUUUCACAGAUAUUCUCCUCUACUCCGAUCUGGCAACCGUCUCCAAACCCGGAGGCCAUGACAACUGAUAGCACAUCGCUCCCAACACCCGAUUAUCCCUCUUUUUCCAUUGAGGAGCUCAUACUUCAAGGCAAACUACUGCUAGCAUCCUCAGGGAAAGAGUUCAUCAAACCAGCUAUACUUUCUAGCCCCGCAGAAGUAAAAAAAGCUCGUAAGGAGGCCAUGGGUCGUCUCGGGCUUGAGUUUUUGGACGACGUUGCAGAGGAGAUUGAUUUGGACAAGGAGCUUGGAGCGGAUGUAGAAGGACUCGGGGACGUCGAAAUGGAGACCGUCAAGUCCGAGGCGCCCCCUUCGCCAAGCGGUCCUUGUCCACUGAAGGGGGAAGACUCGGGUCCAACCAGUCGAUCUGCUACGCCUGGUCCAAUCACACCGUCAGAAUCUGACCAGCCCCAAGAUCUAAGCGCAAUGUCUGCCCGUGAACGAAAUCGUUUAAAGCGCAAGCGGAAACCGGGUAAUAGCGCUUUUGUCGCCGCACCACCCCCGCAAGCAGCAGGCGCAAAGUAUAGCGCCUCGGCGGCUGGACCAGCAAAAGCAAGACUUGUUGUACCAGAGGAACACAACCAAGAAAAGUCUCGUCUCGGUAGCCCCACCAGCUCUGCUCCUGAGAAAGUUGUCAUUGACCCUUCCAAGGGAGGUGCCGUUUCUGCCAAGGAGGUAAAACCAUCCAAAGCUCUCGAAGUCCAGCACGGCGUUUGGGUCUGGGAUGGCCUUGUUCAAGUCUUGGAAGUCGAUCUAUUCAGCGCAGCUUGGGAGGUUCGACAUGGUGCUGCGAUGGCGCUUCGGGAACUCUUGAGAAUACAGGGCAGACACGGUGGAAUGCAAGAUGGAUUAACCGCAGUAGAGAACGAAAUCACUCACGAAAAAUGGUGCAAUGACCUUUCUGCCAAGUUCCUCUGUGUCUUGGUUCUCGACCGGUUUGGGGACUUCGUCUCGGACCAAGUCGUCGCACCUGUCCGAGAAAUGGUUUCUCAAACACUGGCUUCACUUCUCAUACAUAUGCCCCGCCGAUCAGUCUUACGUGUGCACUCGAUUUUACUCCAAAUGAUAAAACAAGAAUUCGUCGUGCCAUCAAUAGCUACAACGAAGAAGAAGUCGUCUAAGUCGAAAAAUAAUCACCAAGAGCAAAAGAUGCAUGUAUGGGAAGUCCGGCACGCUGGGCUUCUUGGUAUCAAAUACGAAGUUGCCGUUCGUAGCGACCUAUUCGAGGCCAAGUUUGCCGACCAGGAAGUGAAGGAAGAGGAAGUGGAACAAGUAGAAUUUGAUGGAGACGGGAAGGCCAUUCUUCAAGAUGUAGUUGAUGCCGCUGUUCUUGGCCUGGGUGAUCGGGAUGACGAUGUGCGAGCUGUGGCAGCUUCGUGCCUACUUCCUAUUGCGGGCCAUCUAGUAAACAACCUUCCCAAUUCUUUGGAGCCGGUGUUACUCGUUCUCUGGAGUUGCCUUAGUGACAUGAAAGACGAUCUGAGCUCCAGCGUUGGCGCAGUAAUGGAACUGCUUGGCAAACUUGUAGCAUACGAAAAAGUAAUCAGAAUACUAGCCGAUGAUUCUGUAUCUCUACCCCUGAAGACCCUUGCACCUACGUUAUUCCCGUUCUUCCGACAUACCAUUGCCAAUGUCCGCCUCUCAGUGGUGGAGACUUUACAUUCUUUCAUGGCUGUCAAGUCGCUCCCUCGGGAUUGGAUUAGCGUACCGUUUUUGCAACUUCUGUUCCAGAACAUCGUUGUGGAAGAGCGUUCUGAUAUACGGGAUGCCAGUCUUUCGGCAUGGCGUACCACAUUAUCUUUGAUAUCAACAACGCCAGGAUGGAUGGAAAGUCAUAUCAACCAACAAGUUAUUCUGGAUUGGUAUGCCAUUCUCAUGACUCCCUUGGGCAUGCCCAUCGACCCUGCGCCCUUCUAUCGACCCUCACUCACCGUUGACGGCGAUGCACCGGAACGACACAAUGUCGACAAAAACAUGCUCGCUCAAGAUUUGGCUCUCAUCACGACAGAAAUGAUAUACAAAGCCCGGAUAGCUGCAUCCACUGCGCUUGCUCUUUUGAUCACAUUUUGGCCGGAAGAGUCCCUUUCCGUGGAUAAGGUUUUCCAACCCAUCCUGUUACAUUAUAUUGAUUCUACCAGCAUGCUUCAGAAGCUCUUGUCCGCCGUAAUUUCUGAGGAAUGGGCACGAGGGCAUAGCAAGAUUUCCCCUCCCCUUAUUGAAUGUUCACCUCUCGCCAAAGAGCUGAGCGCAAAAACGUCGACGUGGCUUCAAGGAAAUUCACCCUUUGCGUAUCAUGAAAUGGCUCUUUCUCUCGCUCGCAUUCAUGCAGACUGUGUUGCCCUCCUUCAUUCCUUUGCCGCCGACUGCAAGCUUCCUAUCUCCAGUAUACCGCAACUCGGAAGCGAAAUCGACAUUUCCGGUUCUCGGCCAGGUUGUUUCACCAUUGAGACAGCACAAGCCGCGGUUGGUCCGAUGUUCAAUCGGUUGAAGGAUAGCCUGGGAAGGGCGAAAAAACGUGAGCUGGCUGUAAUCGUUGAUAAGCGAGCUUUGGUCGUCGAAAGUAUCGAGCAUUACAACGAGGUGAAGGCUCAGCAUGAUAUACGAGUAUCUGCAGCGUUCGCAGCCGCAUACGUUGCGUUCCAAAGCACUCCUGACAAGUUCAGUCCCAUCGUGAAAGGUAUCAUGAAUGGAAUCAAGACCGAAGAGAAUGUCGAUUUACAAGCCCGAUCUGCUGUUGCAGUCGCGUCUUUUAUCGAAUUCUGCAGGCAACACCAGCUACCACAACCGCCAGAAAAGAUAGUCAAGAAUUUGUGUACAUUCUUAUGUCAAGACACGGAGCAAACCCCCACUUUCGCGUACACAAGGAAGUACACGGAAGGAAUUUUGUCUUAUCAGGCUGUCAGUCAAGCGCAACGUCACGGGAAAGAUACCGCAAAGGACAAAGAAAACCCACCAGCUGAAGAAUCAGCCAAAUCACGGAUAUCAAGACGAGGAGCUGGCCUGGCUUUCAAUGAGCUUUCCGCCAGAUUUGGACCAGAUCUGAUAGUGGUAGUCCCUAACAUGUGGACUUCGAUGGUUGGCGGCCUUGAGAGCGCAUUCUCAAAAUGCAAAUCUCCUGAGGAAUCGGAUCCCCUCAUGGAAAAGCAAUUUGGUCAGGAUGUCAUUGAUUCACUCAGUGUACUUGAAGCCGUCGUGCCCACCAUGCAUCAUGACUUGUGGCCGAAAGUAACUGAAACAUUCCCUAUGCUACUACUUGCCCUUCGUAGCAAGUUCGCUAUCAUAAGAAAAUGUGCAGCGCGCUCUUUUGCUACAAUAUGUGAUAUAAUGACUGCCGAAGCGAUGCGCUUUGUUGUUGAGGAUGUAGUGCCUCUACUUGGAGAUGCGUUGAGCAUGGUAAAUCGCCAGGGAGCAACGGAGCUAAUUUAUCACGUCGUCCAGCGCUUGGACAUGAAAGCGCUGCCAUAUGUCAUUUUUAUGGUGGUACCGGUUUUGGGUCGCAUGAGUGAUCCCGACGAUGAUAUACGGUCAACAGCUACGAAUACAUUUGCGUCGUUGGUGAAGAUGGUCCCACUGGAGGCCGGCCUUCCCGAUCCUCCCGGUUUCCCAGAAGAACUUCUAAAGCGUCGGGAAGACGAACGUCAAUUUCUUGCUCAACUCCUUGACGGUAGUAAGGUCGAGCAGUAUUCAAUACCGGUACCCAUUAAAGCAGAACUCCGGAAAUACCAACAGGAUGGCGUGAACUGGUUGGCGUUCCUUGCAAAGUAUCAGUUACAUGGCAUUCUCUGCGAUGACAUGGGCCUUGGUAAAACACUGCAGUCAAUAUGCAUCCUGGCAAGCAAACAUUUUGAACGGGCUCAAAGAUUCAAGGAAACCAACUCACCUGACGCCGUUCACCUUCCCUCUCUCAUCAUAUGCCCGCCCACACUGACAGGACAUUGGUACUACGAGAUUCUGAAGUACGUCGACAACCUGACGCCCGUUCUUUACACCGGCAACGCGAGGGAAAGAACGAAGCUACUUUCUCAGCUCAAAUCAUACGACCUGGUCAUUACUUCAUACGAGGUGGUGCGAAAUGAUAUAAACAACUUGGAAGGUAUCCGAUGGCUGUACUGUAUUCUAGACGAGGGCCACAUAAUCAAGAACGCAAAGACAAAGCUUACCAAGGCAGUGAAGUCGAUACAGUCCCAGCAUCGCGUCAUAUUGUCCGGAACUCCCAUCCAAAAUAAUGUUUUGGAGUUGUGGAGUUUGUUCGACUUCUUGAUGCCCGGAUUCCUGGGGACCGAAUCGUCCUUCAACGAACGGUUUGGCAAACCCAUCUUGGCGAACAGGGAUGGUAAGGCUAAGAAUGGAGAAGCUGCGGCCCUUGCUCUAGAGGCUCUGCAUAAACAAGUUCUCCCUUUCCUCCUUCGACGACUGAAGGAGGAUGUGUUGAACGACCUACCACCCAAAAUCAUUCAAGACUAUUACUGCGAAUUGUCAGAAAUCCAGAAGAACCUCUACGACGACUUCUCCAAGUCACAGGCUCGACAGGAUGCAGAGUCGGCCGUUCAAUCUACAGGGAAGGAAGGCAAGGAGCAACAGCACGUUUUCCAAUCCUUACAGUAUCUGCGGAAACUUUGCAACCAUCCGGCCCUUGUCCUCAAAGAUGCCGAUUCGAUCGACAAGGCCCUGGAAAAAGUCAGUGGGAAGUCUGAAGGACUCAAUGAUAUUCAACAUGCGCCGAAAUUGUUAGCCUUGAAGCAACUUCUGUUGGAUUGUGGUAUCGGCGGCGGGUCAAACACCGUUCCUACGAUGGACUCAGGCAAGAGUGAACUGAUCGACACGGUGCCAGAAGACUCAAAUAGCACCUUCUCACAACACCGUGUCCUCAUCUUUUGUCAGAUGAAGCAGAUGUUGAACAUCAUUGAGACCGACCUUUUCAAAUCCCACAUGCCUUCCGUGACUUACAUGCGACUGGAUGGAGGAACUGACGCUAACAAACGUCAUGCUAUCGUGCAGACCUUCAAUUCUGACCCCAGUAUUGAUUGCCUGUUACUGACGACACACGUCGGGGGACUGGGUUUGACAUUGACUGGUGCCGAUACGGUGAUAUUCGUAGAACAUGAUUGGAACCCAAUGAAGGACCUCCAGGCGAUGGACAGAGCGCAUCGAAUUGGACAAAAGAAAGUCGUCAAUGUAUAUCGACUGAUCACAAAGGGAACGCUCGAAGAGAAGAUCAUGGGUUUACAACGGUUCAAACUCAACAUCGCCAAUUCGGUCGUGACGCAACAGAACUCAGGCCUCUCUUCUAUGGACACCGACGUGGUACUAGAUCUUUUCAGGCGCACAACUGAAGAUGAAGGCACUCUGGCUGCUAUGAAGAAAAAAGCCAAGGAGAGUGGUCCUGUCAGUCAGAAGAAUCUGUUGACAGGCCUCGAAGACUUGCCCCCGGAAGACGAAUACGAUGGUUUAGAUCUUCCUAGCUUUUUGGGAACUCUCGGGAAAUAGUUUUUUAUCAUUAUUGUUCUGCACUACAUGACAUGAAGAUUUAUUAGAAGUAUAGUACCAGUAUGUAUACACAGAUGUACCUAGUAGGGUCUUAAUUCCACGUGAAUCCGCAA